UUUGUGAAUGAAGUUUGCAUCAUUAGCAGCUGCUCUGAGGCCGGUCAGGGAGCUGCAGAGCCGAGCUGAGCCGAGCCGAGCCGAGCUGGACCGGUUUUACAAACCUCUGAUCUUUUUUUUAAUCAUUUUUGGGUUUUUUUGUGUUUUAUUUUUUUAAUAACAGGGAAACUCUAACGUGCGUGUUUUGGGGAUGUAUUAUCGUCUCUUCCUGGUUUCUGCGCUGCUGUCUGGUCUCACAGAAGAGUGGCAGUCGUCAGUUUGACUGGUAUCGAUGUUGUUAUGUGGUGCCUCCCAUCCGAGAGCGGUGUUUGGAUCAAGGAAAGGCCUGAGUCACUACAGGUGAAUCCUCAGUGCAUGGUUCACCAGAGAGGGCACAUGGUCCAAAGCAGGUCCUGGCCUUCGCUGGAGAGGAAGUCAUUCUGCCCUGUGCUUUCAAUGUCACUGCCAGUAGUGACUUUCCAACAGUGGAGUGGUCCAAGGAAGACCUGGAGCCAGAUGUCAUCUUCCUGUACCGGGAUGGCUGCGAGACUUAUGAGAUGAAGCAUCCAGAAUUUGAGUAUAGGACAAGUUUUAUCAUGAAAGAGCUGAAAAAUGGAGACAUAUCGUUGAGGAUCACUAACGUCAGGCUGUCUGAUGCGGGUAAAUACCAGUGCAUGAGGCUCUGGAAGAAUGCCCCUCGAGACAUUACCACGGUGGAGCUUGUUGUGGGUGCAGUUUCUGAGCCAAAGCUCUCCGUGGUUUCGACUGAGAGUGGAGGAGUGACUCUGCAGUGUGAGGCGAGCUGUUGGCUGCCAGAGCCUGAGAUCAAGUUCCUGGAUGAUCACGAUGAUGAAAUUCCUGCUGAAGACCCAAAAAGAAAUCCAAAUGCCAGUGGAUGUCACAAUGUGACACGAAGAGUGACUCUCCAAACUGCAACCAGCAGAGUCACCUGCAGAGUUCACCAGUUGGAUUACAACCAGACCAGGGUCACAGAAAUCAACAUACCAGCUGACUGCAUGAGGUCCUUCACUGUAAUCAUUGUCAUCGCUGUUGGAGGGACCAUCCUGUUUGUAUUGGCAUGUGGAUUAGUUUUCCUGUUAUGGAAGAAAUGUGGCAAAUCUGCAAAGGUACAAAAGCUACCAGUGACCAGGCAGGAAUCGGACAGCACAGUCGGUGGCACCUCUGAAAAUCGGUUGCUCUUGGAUCCUAGGGGGGCUGACAGCGUGGACAACAGCGCCGUAGAACACCUGAACAAAAAGAUAGCUGAACUCGAGUCACAGCUUCGUGAGAAAGACGAGACCAUCCGCCAACUACAGAACAGACCACAGCUAAGUCCUGUGGUUUACUACUACAACCAGCCCACAGUUGUCUGCAGUCCUUCCAGACCCCUGCAGACCAGCAUUUUGACCAAUGACCACAAUUCAACACCAACGGUCCCAAGAAACAGCAACCCUCCUAAAUCUGCCAACCUGCCCCAGAACAAGUGUCCAAAACCUGGUACCCAAAGGCAGAACAGUAAUCCAGGACUUUCCCGCCCGAUCCAAAAACCUCGCCGUAAUAACAGCAGCCCGGCUCUUUUCUCCUGUAAUGCCACAGAGUUGUCAAGUUCUUCUUCGGGCAGCACUUCAGAGAGAAAACAAGGCCGCUUUCGUCGUUCUAUGAGCGAGUCUGGUGCUCAGCCUGAUCCAAACCUCGCUAAGCUUCAGCGUAGAUAUUCCUUAGCGUUUCAUAACCGCUACGGUCUCCUAGCAGAGUUGAAAGAAGAGUCUGACACUGAUUCCUAAUUCACUCUGGCUCUGUUUCUGCAAGUGUCAUGAUCCCCCCCCACCUCCAAGCUCUUAUUUAUAUGAUGUUUCACAUUUAAAUCUGUAAUUUUACAGCUGAUUAUGAGAUAUCUCUGUUAAGUAGGAUAAUUCUGUCUGACACUAGCCUAACUGACAUUAAUUGAUCAAUCAAUAAAUCAAUAUCACUCUUACAGCCCAUGUACGGUGAUGACAUGAUAAGCAUAAACACUUGUUAAUUACUGACCUAGUGCUGGUGGGAGAAAUUUGUUACCUGUAGAGCCAGAACCAGGCUAGCUGUUUCCCUGUUUCCAAUCUUUAUGCUAAGCUAAGCUAACCUGGCCCCAGCUACAUGUUUAUGCUCAGACCUGAGAGAGGUGUUGGAUUUCUGGAUAUUUGAUUGCUGUGGUGUUACUUGACUUCUCAGAUAUCACCUGUCAGUCAAACAGUGGAGGUGGGACUAUAAUGUUUGUUUCUUGAGUGCUUUUGUUUUUGGUUAAAUCUACCGUUAAUGUGAUAAAACCUGCAAUAAUUCUUAGUUUGGGAUCUGUGGAUCAAAGGCCUGUAGAUUAAGUUAAUUUUAGCAGACUAGACAAUGAUUCUUAGCAAGUGUCUACUCACCAAAAUGAGCCUGGUUUCUCUCAACGCAUCUACAAAAAGAUUUCAAACUGCCUCACUGAUGCUUCACACUUUCACUUUUUGUCGUUUACUGGAAAAGAUCUUAAAGGUUAUAAUGUAUUACAAUAAUAUAUGAUGUCUUGGGUUGUAUAUAGGGGUUCCUUUAUUUAAAACUGCUUUAUACUUUUGAUAAAAUAUUGAUUGUUUAUUUUGAUUAAAUAUUUUCUAUAAAUUUUAAAUGUACAUUUUUGUAUGUUUGUUUUAUAUAUUCACCACUCUGAAAUAAAGCUCAUUCUUUUUUUUUUUUUAA